CGGUCCCUUCGCUGUCGCAUCUGUGCCGAGGCUGCCGCCAUUUUCUUGCCGCCCGCCGCCUGCGGAGCGCGCCAAGCUGCCGGGAAUUGUCGGAGAGGCCGCCGAGGAGACCGCCCGGUGCUCGCCCGGCGGGCCGCGGCCUCCCCCCACUUCCCGGGUUAUGCUGGGCCGGGCGGUGAGGGGACCCGAGGCCACCCGGACCCGCCGCGGCUGAGGGAGGCGCCGGUUGCCCGCGGUCAAGAUGCUGCAGAACGUGACUCCCCACAAGCUCCCUGGGGAAGGCAAUGCAGGGUUAUUGGGACUGGGCCCAGAGGCAGCAGCACCGGGGAAAAGGAUCCGAAAGCCUUCCCUCUUGUAUGAGGGAUUUGAGAGCCCUACAAUGGCUUCAGUGCCAGCUUUGCAACUGACCCCUGCCAACCCACCACCCCCUGAGGUGUCCAAUCCAAAAAAACCAGGACGGGUAACCAACCAGCUACAGUACCUCCACAAGGUGGUGAUGAAGGCUCUGUGGAAACAUCAGUUUGCAUGGCCGUUCCGACAGCCUGUGGAUGCUGUCAAACUGGGUCUGCCGGAUUAUCACAAAAUUAUAAAACAACCAAUGGACAUGGGUACUAUUAAGAGGAGAUUAGAGAACACCUAUUAUUGGGCUGCCUCAGAAUGUAUGCAGGAUUUUAAUACCAUGUUCACCAACUGUUAUAUUUACAACAAGCCCACUGAUGAUAUCGUCCUGAUGGCACAAACACUGGAAAAGAUCUUUCUACAGAAAGUGGCAUCCAUGCCACAGGAAGAACAAGAGCUUGUGGUGACCAUCCCUAAGAACAGCCAUAAGAAGGGGGCCAAGUUGGCGGCACUCCAGGGCAGUAUUGCAAGUGCCCAUCAGGUGCCUGCUGUUUCGUCUGUGUCACACACUGCCCUAUAUACACCACCACCUGAAAUACCUACCACUGUCCUCAACAUUCCCCAUCCAUCGGUCAUUUCUUCUCCUCUCCUCAAGUCCCUGCAUUCUGCUGGACCGCCACUCCUUGCUGUCUCUGCAGCUCCUCCAGCUCAGCCCCUGGCCAAGAAAAAAGGGGUUAAACGGAAAGCAGAUACUACCACCCCCACGCCUACAGCCAUCUUGGCUCCUGGUUCUCCAGCUAGUCCUCCUGGUAGUCUUGAGCCUAAGGCAGCACGUCUUCCCCCUAUGCGUAGAGAGAGUGGCCGCCCCAUCAAGCCCCCACGUAAAGACUUGCCUGACUCUCAGCAACAACACCAGAGCUCUAAGAAGGGAAAGUUGUCAGAACAGUUAAAACAUUGCAAUGGCAUUUUGAAGGAGUUACUCUCUAAGAAGCAUGCUGCCUAUGCCUGGCCUUUCUAUAAACCAGUGGACGCUUCUGCUCUUGGCCUGCAUGACUACCAUGACAUCAUUAAGCACCCCAUGGACCUCAGCACUGUCAAGCGGAAGAUGGAGAAUCGUGAUUACCGGGAUGCACAGGAGUUCGCUGCUGAUGUGCGGCUUAUGUUCUCCAACUGCUACAAGUACAACCCUCCAGACCACGAUGUCGUGGCCAUGGCACGAAAGCUGCAGGAUGUAUUUGAGUUCCGUUACGCCAAGAUGCCAGAUGAACCACUCGAACCUGGGCCUUUACCGGUGUCUACUGCUUUGCCCCCUGGCCUGGCCAAAUCAUCUUCAGAGUCCUCUAGUGAGGAAAGUAGCAGUGAGAGCUCCUCUGAGGAAGAGGAGGAGGAAGACGAGGAUGAGGAGGAAGAAGAAGAGAGUGAAAGCUCUGACUCAGAGGAAGAAAGGGCUCAUCGCUUGGCAGAACUACAAGAACAGCUUCGAGCAGUGCAUGAGCAACUGGCUGCCCUGUCCCAGGGCCCAAUAUCUAAGCCCAAACGGAAGAGAGAGAAAAAGGAAAAAAAGAAGAAACGGAAGGCAGAAAAGCAUCGUGGCCGAGCUGGAGUUGAUGAUGACGACAAGGCACCUCGGGCCGCCCGUCUGCCACAGCCUAAGAAAAGCAAAAAAGCAAGUGGCGGUGGAGCUGGCACUGCUGCUACACUAGGCACCCCCAGCUUUGGACCCUCUGGGGGAAGUGGCAGCAAGCUACCCAAAAAGGCCACAAAGACAGCCCCACCUACUCUGGCUACUGGUUAUGACUCAGAGGAAGAAGAAGAAAGCAGACCCAUGAGCUACGAUGAGAAACGCCAGUUGAGCCUGGAUAUCAACAAAUUACCUGGGGAGAAGCUGGGUCGAGUUGUACAUAUAAUCCAAGCCAGGGAGCCCUCUUUACGAGACUCAAACCCAGAAGAGAUUGAGAUUGAUUUUGAAACGCUCAAACCAUCCACGCUUCGAGAGCUUGAGCGCUAUGUCCUUUCCUGCCUACGAAAGAAACCCCGGAAACCUUACACCAUUAAGAAACCUGUGGGGAAGACAAAGGAAGAACUAGCUCUAGAAAAGAAGCGGGAACUAGAAAAGCGGUUACAAGACGUCAGUGGGCAGCUUAAUUCCACUAAAAAGCCCCCCAAAAAAGCAAGUGAGAAAACGGAGUCAUCCUCUGCACAACAAGUAGCGGUGUCACGCCUCAGCGCUUCCAGUUCCAGCUCCGAUUCCAGCUCCUCCUCCUCCUCGUCCUCUUCGUCAGACACCAGUGAUUCAGACUCAGGCUAAUGGGCCAAACCAUGGGGCAGGAAGGCUCCGCAGGACCGGACCCCCAUACCACCCUGCCCCACCCUGCCCCCUUUGCUGUGACACUUCAUCUCACCCCACCUCCCCCCUCUGUAGGAGAGCCUGCUCUGCAGGGGGAGGAAUGCAGGGACAUUUACCGAAAGAGGGACAUCGAAGAAGAUUGAAUUCCCAGCCCCAUUGGGAGUGACCUCUUGGACACAGCACCUGUCUGGAAUGGUGGGGCGGGGCAGAGGUUUAGGCUGAGAGCGGCAGAGGCCCUGAUCAGAGGUUACCUGAGGCCAUAGCUGCCCUGUCCACUUAUGAGAGGCCCUGUUUUGAGGUUGUUCGUUCUAAUUUAUUAAGCUAGGUGAGGCUUUUGUGUAGGGCCGUGGUCCCCUCAGCCUCCCUGGGGAGGGAAAGAGGGGGAAUUUUUUUUUUUUUAACGUUGACCUUUUUUUUCUACACUUGUUUUCUCUUUUUUCCUUCCGCUCCAUUUGGGGCCCUGGGGGUUUCCGUCAUCUCCCCCUUUGGUCCCCUGGAGGGUCUUUGUCUCUUGAUUCUAACUUGUAAAUAAAGAAAAUAUUAUUCGAGUUUUGA